AUGAAGGUUGGAUUUAUUGGCUUGGGAACGAUGGGCGGCAGCAUGGCCUACAACUGCCUACAGGGCGGCAACGAAAUGAUAGUCCAUGACAUUCGGCGGGAGGCGGCCACACCCCAUCUGGAGGCCGGGGCUGUCUGGGCAGACAGUCCCCGGGAAGUGGCUGAAGGGUCCGAGGUUGUAUUUACAUCGCUCCCCGGCCCGGUGGAAGUCGAGGCCGUAGCGCUUGGUGAGGAGGGCUUGCUGGAGGGAUUAAGCCCGGGCAAAGUCUAUUUCGAUCUGAGCACCAAUUCGCCCACAGUGAUUCGAAAGAUUCACGAAGUGUACGAGGCUCAGGGCAUUCACAUGCUGGAUGCCCCGGUGAGCGGCGGCCCCCGUGGGGCCCGUUCAGGCAACUUGGCCAUCUGGGUCGGCGGCGACCAGGAGUUGUUCGACCGCUACAAGCCGGUUCUGGACUCCAUUGGGGACAAGGCCUAUUACGUGGGUCCAAUCGGCUGCGGGUCGGUCGCCAAGCUGGUGCACAACUGCACCGGAUACAUCAUCCAAACCGCCCUGGCCGAGACCUUCACCAUGGGGGUUAAAGCCGGUGUGGAUCCCCUCGCUCUAUGGCAGGCGGUGCGCCGGGGGGCGCAAGGGAGGCGUGGCCCCUUCGAGGGGAUGGCGGAGCACCUGCUUCCCGGCAACUUCGAUCCCCCCGAUUUCGCGUUGACGCUUGCCCGCAAGGACGUAGACCUGGCCGUCGGCGUGGGGCGGGAAUUCAAUGUGCCCAUGCGGCUGGCCAACCUCACCCUGGCCGAGAUGACCGAGGCAAUCAACCGGGGCUGGGGCCAUCGGGAUUCCAGGGUUGCCAUGCUGUUGCAGGAAGAACGGGCCGGCGUGGAAGUUCGGGUCGACGAGGACACCCUUAGACAGGCUCUGGAAGAAGAACGGGGAUAG